AGACUUAGAGAUGAUUGUCAUUGGGGGAGGACAUGCGGGCAUUGAGGCGGCUUUAAUUAGUGCUAGACUAGGACACCGGGUGGCUUUAAUCACACUCAGUAAAAAUAAAAUUGGUCUGAUGCCCUGCAACCCCUCAGUAGGAGGACCUGCCAAAGGAAUAGUGGUGCGAGAAAUUGAUGCUUUGGGAGGAGAAAUGGGAAAAGCCGCGGAUGCCACCGCGCUCCAAUUUAAGUUGUUAAAUACUUCAAAUGGAUUAGCAGUGCAAGCCCUUCGAGUUCAAUCUGACAAGGUGGCUUAUGCUCAUUAUAUGCAAAAAGUAGUCAGUGAACAAAAAAAUUUGACGGUGGUUGAAGGGGCGGUUAAAAACUUGUUAAUUACAAAAGGAAAAGCAAGCGGAGUGGAAUUGAACAACGGUGAAUUUUUUUUCGCCAAAAUAAUAAUUCUAACUACCGGCACUUACCUUCGACCAAUUAUUUACCAGGGUCAAGCCAGUAAGAUUGAAGGACCGGCGGGCGAAAAAGAAGUAGUCAAUAAUAUUUCUCAGCAGUUAAAGGAGUUGGGUUUUAGGUUAAACCGCUUCAAGACUGGCACUAGUCCCCGAAUUUUGAAAGAUAGUAUUGACUAUAGCCAAUUCAAAUUAGAACCAGGUACUAAUUUACCUUUGCGCUUUUCCUCCCAAACUGAUUAUUCUCAAUUACUGACUUUUUCCCAGCAACUGCCUUGUUAUCUACUUCAUACUAAUGAGAAAACCCACCAAAUUAUUCAAGCAAACCUCCACCUAUCUCCAAUUUUUAGCGGAGAAAGCAUUGGCACUGGACCCCGUCGUUGUCCUAGCAUUGAACAUAAAAUUCAUUACUUUGCCGAUAAGAAAACCCACCAAAUUUUUGUGGAACCGCAAUCCCAAAUAGAAGGCACCAAGGAAGAAAAAACGGUUUACCUCCAAGGGCUUUCUACUUCUCUACCAGUCGAAGUUCAAACAAAGAUUCUAGAAACCAAACUAGUUAUCAACUUAUUUGUGGCUGGACAAAUUAACGGCACUACUGGGUAUGAGGAAGCUGCCGCCCAAGGACUAAUGGCGGGAAUUAAUGCGAGCCGGAAAUUAAAAAAGCGAAAACCAUUAGUUUUAAAAAGAAGUGAAGCUUACAUUGGCGUAAUGAUUGAUGAUUUAACCACCAAGGAAAUUACCGAUCCUUACCGACUUUUAACUUCUUUGGCCGAACACCGUUUAUUAUUAAGACAUGAUAAUGUUUAUACUCGUCUUUGGCCGAUUACUCGCCAAGAACAACGAGAAUUAGAAGCCAAUAUUAAAUACCAAAACCAACUUGAAACUCAAUUGAAAGAAGUAGAAAAAUUAAAUAAAUACGAAGUUAAAAAAAUCCCAGUGGGGGUUGACUAUGCAAAGAUUGAUAACUUAACCAAAGAAGCUCAAGAAAAAUUAACUAAAAUUAAGCCAAUUUCACUGGGGCAAGCUAGACGAAUAGGGGGAAUUAGUCCAACUGAUAUUCAAGUUUUAAACUAUUAUUUAAAUAAAAAAUAUCUGCCAAAGGGGUUAAACAAUACCUAG